AUGAAUAGCAGGAACGAUACGCUUCAUAACUCAAUCUAUUUGAUUUCUUCGCCGGCUCUGUAUUUGCUAUCGGUGGCGGGGUUGUGUGUACCGUUUGCAUGGCCAGUUUAUUGGUUGGGGGCUGGGGCACCGGUGUUGGAGGCGGUGUUGCUUUUGGGGGUUGGGGGAGGGGGAUGGGGAGAGAGAGAGGGAGAGGGAGUGAGAAUCGGGGAGGAAGAGGGAAAGGGAAUAAGAGAUGGUGAUGGAGACACAGAUGGAGAAGGGAGAUGCACUCGUAUCCUUCCUGAUUUUCCACUCUGGACACUGGCUACUACCCUCGAUUUAACAUACUGUAUCUGCAGCACCAGCUGGCUUUUCUACAGCCUCUUCGCGAUUUUCUGUUGGGGUUGUAUACCGAUCGUAUGUCUAUUUCAGUUUCCUGUUGCAGGAAAGGUCUUGCGGAAACAGUUGAGGAGGAUAUUGUUAUUGAAGACUUUUGGGUUGCAGUUUAUGGAUGAUCGGAUUGGGGUUUUUGAUAUACCCGGGUUGGAGAUUGAUACCGAGGUGGAUGGAUUGAUGGUGGUUCGAGGGGUGACGGUUAGGUUGAGUGAGAUGAGUGUUAGGGUUCAUGGGGUGGAGGUGGGGUUGAAGUUGGUUAUGGGGGAGGGGGAGGGGAAGGAGGGAGAGGGAGAGAGGAAGGAAAUUGAGGUGGGGAUUGUGUGUGAGGAGGUUUUGGUUAGGUUGGGGAGGGGCAUUGAGGUGGGGGAUUGUUUUGCGUGUAUUAAGGGUGGGGAGGGGGAAUUAAGUUUUAAGGAUGCAGAAGAGGAGGUUGGUAGUGGGAAGGGUAAUGUGGAUGGGGAGAAGAAAGUAGAUGAGGUGUGGGAAGUCAAUUCGAAGAUGUUGAGGGCGGUCAAGGGGAAUGAGUAUGAGUAUGAGUAUGAGUAUAAGUUUGGGAAUGCGAACAAUCCAAAUGGACAUGAUAAAUUGAAAGAAGACAGAAAGGAGAGUCCGACAGUACAAGAAGAAAUAACCCACGGACACGCCCCCAAAGACACAAACAUAAAACAAGGCAUCGAAACCAUACAAACCAUCACACCGGACAACACCUCCGCCGCCAACAAACAAUACCAGCAAACGCUCCAGCACAUCCAAUCCACCAACAGCAUCCAAAUCUGCCGGCAAGAAGUGCAACGACUCAUACAAAACGGGCAUGGAAAAAAAGCCCCAGGCACCGAUACUCGCGAAGCCGUCAACAAAUACAUCGACAAUGAUAUGCGAGCAGCCAUCUGCUCGCAGCUUCAUCGGCAACCGUCUAUUACGCAUCCGCCUUCUCGAUCUAUCAAAGUUACUACACUGCAAAAGCUAUUGCCGUCGCAUGUUCGCGCUUUUUUGCAUCGGUUGCCUAUGCUGCUUCGUUUGCUGUUGCUUCCUAUUGCUUAUUUGCAUCCUGUUAAGAUAUCCUCUUUGACAGCUACUGGAUCUGGAAAAUGGAUCCAGGAAGUACUUUCUGCCAAACUUUUCAAAAAUAACAUACAUACCCCCCCUGUCUCCCCUGUCUCCUCCACAUCCACAUCCACAUCCACCUCUCCCCCUCCCCCUCCCCCGAAAACGAAAACGAAAACACAACUUCCAAAAUCCAACACCGCAUCAACACCUGGCUCCUGCCCGCCAAUUUCGUGCUCGAGCUAA